AUGAUAAAGAAAUUCAAGAAACUAUUUCAGAGUUUAUCAGAGUUCCAAAGCUUUUUAACUAAAUCAAGUUUAGCUAGAGAUAAUUUUGUUUUUAAAUAGGAAGAUGUAGAAAUUCUAAUUCCAUUUCUAACUGAUGAAUAAAAUAUUACAGAUUUUUUCAAGGUUUAUUAAGAUGAGAAUUUACAACUAUAUACAAUAAAAAUGAAAAUGUUAAUCACAAUCCAUUAAGUAUUAAAUAUAAGUGAAGAAUUUGCCUAACACUUUUCAAAGAUUAAUUUUGCUUAUUUCAAUAAGUAAUGUAGAUAGUAAAGUAGAGCAACAUCUAAACCUGAAACAAUUGUUUUUAAAUAAAUAACAAAUGAAGUGUGGCUACUUGAUAAUAUACAGAUUCCAUUUCUAUAAUAUCUAUAGAAGUUAGCAUUAAAUGUAUAAGAAAUAAAAGCCUAUAGAAAUAAUAAUCCCAGAAAGUAAAUACUAUAAUCAAAGUAUGAGUAUAUAAUUAAUAUAAGUUUGGUUGUUGAAUGUUUUAAAUUAGAAAAUUUAGUAAAUCAUGGUUUAUCACUUGUUCCUUAAUUAAAAACUGCAUUAUCUAAUUUCCCUCAUGACUUUCUUCUUAAAAAAUUAGCUUGUAAUCUAUAUAGUGAAUUGAGACAAUUUCAAAGACAAUUGAUAAACUCUCUUUCUGCACUUUUAGAUACUAAUUCUAGAGCCUCCAAUAUAGAAAUAUUUGAAUUCUUCAGAGAAGUACAGUUUAAUAACUAAUAUAGGUUUAAAUGAUAGAAAAAAAAACAAUGUCUUAUUAUCUAUUACAUAAAUUGUUUGAUCCAGCCAGAAAAUUGAUGCCACCCUUACAAUUAAAGAUAGAUCUUAAGAGUGCAAAACAUCUAGAAUAAUAGGCAUAACAUGAAUAAUAGAGGAUUAAUCAAUAGAGAUAAUUGAGGAGUCAGAGAAAUUCUAGAUCAAAUAGCACUGAUCAACAAUAACCAGUUUCUCAAGGGUUUAUUAGUUAGAGAGAGAGACGAUUUAUGAUGUACAGUAGAGCUAAGAAAUAAGAUACAAUAUAAGAAGACAUAGAGAUGCCAACAGAAGAACAGUAACCUAUAUCUGAAUAGAAGAAGAAUACAUAAAAUAUGAAGAUUGUACAAGAUGAUGGAAAUAAUUUAGAACAACAAAAAAUUUAAAAUAUUGAAUUAAAUGUAGAUUUAAAGAAAUAUGUUAUUUCUAACAAUAAUAGUUAAAUUGAACUAUAAGAUAAUGGUAAAAUUAGUGAAAUAAAUGAAAAAACUAGUUAAAAAGAAACAAAUGAUGUUGGAAAAAAUUAAGAAAGUACUAGCUAAGCAGAUCAAGAUGAAAAUUAAGACAUUUGA